AUGUUGAUGGCAGGACAAAGGGGCACCUGGACCAUGGACAACGCGGUAGAGAAGAGUUUGGAAGGGCCCCUGGCACCUUCUACAGAUGAGCCCUCCCAGAAAAGGGGAGACCUGGUAGAAAUCUUAAAUGGGGAUAAGGUAAAAUUUGACGACACUGGACUCUCCUUAAUUCUGCAGAAUGGCCUGGAGACCCUCCGAGUGGAAAACGCUCUGACAGACGUCAUCUUGUGUGUGGACAUUCAGGAAUUCUCCUGCCACCGCGUGGUGCUUGCCGCGGCCAGCAACUAUUUCAGGGCCAUGUUCUGCAAUGAUUUAAAGGAAAAGUAUGAGGAGAGGAUCAUCAUCAAAGGGGUCGACGCGGAGACCAUGCACACCCUUCUGAACUACACAUACACCAGCAAGGCGCUGAUCACCAAGCAGAACGUCCAGCGGGUCCUGGAAGCUGCUAACCUUUUCCAGUUCCUGCGGAUGGUGGAUGCCUGUGCGAGCUUCCUCACAGAAGCCUUGAAUCCAGAAAACUGUGUUGGAAUACUGAGGCUGGCAGACACACAUUCCUUGGACAGUCUAAAGAAGCAGGUUCAAAGUUACAUCAUCCAGAACUUUGUGCAGAUUCUGAACUCCGAAGAGUUCCUUGAACUUCCUGUGGAUACUCUGUACCACAUCUUGAAGAGCGAUGACCUUUAUGUGACAGAAGAGUCUCAGGUGUUUGAGACUGUGAUGAGCUGGGUCAGGCACAAGCAGUCAGAACGACUCUGCUUGCUCCCCUAUGUCCUGGAGAACGUGCGCUUGCCACUUCUGGACCCAUGGUACUUUGUGGAGAUGGUGGAAGCGGAUCCUCUCAUCAGGCAAUGCCCAGAGGUCUUCCCGCUGCUACAGGAAGCCAGGAUGUACCACCUUUCUGGCAAUGAGAUCAUUUCGGAGCGCACCAAGCCCAGGAUGCAUGAGUUCCAGUCUGAGGUGUUCAUGAUCAUCGGUGGCUGCACGAAGGAUGAACGGUUUGUGGCGGAGGUAACCUGCCUGGAUCCCCUGAGGCGCAGCCGCCUGGAGGUGGCCAAGCUCCCCAUGACAGAGCACGAGCUGGACAGUGAGAAUAAGAAGUGGGUGGAGUUUGCAUGCGUGACAUUAAAAAAUGAGGUCUACAUCUCAGGUGGCAAAGAAACACAGCACGAUGUUUGGAAAUAUAAUUCUUCAAUCAACAAGUGGAUUCAAAUUGAGUAUUUGAACAUAGGCCGCUGGAGGCAUAAGAUGGUGGUGCUCGGGGGCAAGGUCUAUGUGAUCGGAGGUUUCGAUGGCUUGCAAAGGAUCAACAACGUGGAGACCUAUGACCCCUUCCACAACUGCUGGUCAGAGGCUGCGCCCCUCCUUAUCCAUGUCAGUUCCUUCGCAGCCACCAGCCAUAAGAAGAAGCUCUAUGUGAUUGGGGGAGGGCCCAAUGGGAAACUGGCCACGGACAAGACUCAGUGUUACGACCCUUCAACCAAUAAGUGGAAUUUAAAGUCGACCAUGCCAGUAGAGGCUAAAUGCAUCAAUGCAGUGAGUUUCCGGGACCGUAUCUAUGUGGUUGGAGGGGCUAUGAGAGCGCUGUACGCCUACAGCCCUCUGGAGGACAGCUGGUGCCUGGUGACUCAGCUCAGCCACGAGAGGGCCAGCUGCGGCAUCGCGCCCUGCAACAACCGGCUCUACAUCACUGGGGGGCGGGACGAGAAGAACGAGGUCAUCGCCACGGUGCUGUGCUGGGACCCCGAGGCCCAGAAACUGACGGAGGAGUGCGUCCUGCCCCGGGGGGUGUCGCACCACGGCAGUGUCACCAUCAGGAAGUCGUACACCCACAUUCGGAGGAUCGUGCCUGGAGCUGUGUCGGUCUGA